AUGCUGAUUCUGCAAGAUCGACGCGUUCAGGAACAAUCAGUGGCUCUUCCAAUGUUUCGACGCCUUCGUCUAGCAGCAGCAGUAGUAGCAGCAGUUCUUCACCAGCUUCGGAGUCUUACUCUAUCUCUGAAGUAUCCUAUGGCCGCUCAAAGCGCUCAUCUCGUUCUGGAAGGUCUGAAAGGAGUAAGCGGAGUAAACGCUCUUCCCGUGGUUCUAAACGUUCGUCCCGUGGAGGCCGUUCCAAGCGGAAGAGUUCAAAACGUUCUGGCCGAUCUCGCAAAUAAAUUCCGGAUAAAGAAUGGGGAAUAAUGUUGUAUGGAUGGAAUAAAAAGGGCAUGAGUUUUAUAUUCUGAAAACUUUCCGGAAAUAAUAGUUCUGUAUAUUCUAUUGUCUCUAUUUAACGCUCUGCCUGUUAAAUAUAGCCCCAAUGACCAUAAAAUACUUGUUAAAAAUCAUUAUUUGUAUUUUCCCCUAAAUAUAUUCUAUUGUUGUUGUAUUUCUUGUUGUGUUAAUAUAAAAUAUUGUUUGUUG